UGUGGCCUGGAGUGGUUGAGGCUGAGCCGCUGAAGUAAACAAACAGACGACGCGGCGAUGGCGGCUGUCACUGCGAAGCCCAUUCUAUUCCUGGAGGAGAAUCAGUAUUCAAAUUUUGAGUGGAUUGGUGAGAGCCAGGAUGGGUCUCUGCUGUGCCGCUGGGAGGAGGAAGUGCUGGUCAAGGGUCCUGUGGAAGGGGAAGGGGAGGGGGGUCCACAGGAAGCCACAAGCUCCCUUGCCUUUGCAACACAGGUGGCCAUUGCAUCCCCAGACCUGUAUUCAGCCCAGGUCUUGUACACAUUUGACAAGGUUGUGCCCGUUGUGCAGGCCUCUGUCAAUGCCUCCAGGACACUGCUAGCCUUCGUGACGCGCCGCAGUGUAGGUGAUGGCAACAAGUAUUCGGCCUACGUGAGUGAGAUAGCACCACAGGGUGGUGUGUUCUCCCUCAACAUUGAUUGCUCCAGGCAGAUACUGCUUGAGUUCCUGCACACAGAAGAAACAGGAAAGCCUCUUGGGGACAGCUGGAUUGCCAAGCUGCUAGUGUUUGUUCAUAGGGAGUCCAUUGCUAUUUACUCAUUCCCUCUGAGCCUGAAGGAUGAAGGCUCUUGGGUGGUGGAGGACCAGCCCCUCACAGAAUCUGUGGUGCGAUCCUUCGUUUGGGCACAGUGGGAGCCGCGCCACAACCACCUCUAUUACCUGCACUACCGGCCCCCACCAGAGGCUGGCCUCACGCUGGGUUCUGGAGAACCUGAGGAGGAUGCUCUUCGACCACGCCCUAUGCUGACAGCCCUGCAGUUUCAUCCUGGCAAGCCACACGAAACAGUGCUGAAUGUUCCCCUGGAGUUGUCUGGGCUGGAACAUUCCCCACUGGACCUGAGUGGGGACUACCGGGACCAGGGGCUGCUCCACUCUGUAGGGGACGCAUGGCUGGACCUGCGUGUGGUCACCUCACCCUCUGGUGCUGUCUGCAUCUGUCACCACUACAUCUACAAGUCACGGUUGGCAGAGACACCAGCAGAUCCUGAGAGCUGUGCAGUGUACUUGGCUUACUCAGUGACGCUGCUGCACCAUGGCUGUGUACUGCACACUGUGGUGCCAGGGGUGCCCUGGGGACAUGCCCACUCUGCUCUGCCCACAUACUCUCUGUUUGGAGAGCACUACCUGUUGGUCAUCGUGCCAGGCGUCUGCAUGCACAUGCUAGACAUGGGUUUGGAUCACAUGCCCAACAACCACAUUGUGACCACUCCACCCCCUCAGCUCUUACCCAAUGCACACCUCUUCCAGAUUGUGAGUGGCAAGGUGCUGUCUGGCCGCAGCAUCACCUUCGUGGACGGUGUGAACCAGAUGACGGUGGAGGUGAGGGUGACCAAGGAGUCUCUCUUCUCCCUCUUCAAAAGCUCCACCAUCCUCAGCACUCGCCUGGCUAUACUGCAUCUGGCGGCAGUGCACGACAAGGACCACGACCUGUCCCGUAAGUUGAUGUGGAGUGUGUGUGAAGAUCCACACAACUUGGACACUCCGUCACUGCUGCAGGAGUACCUGGUGGGGGAGACGUAUGCCGCUGUACACAAGCACAUCGACUCAGACGCUGCCCAUCUGCUUUCCUUGCUGCCCAUUACCACAGCGCCCUUCACCACCGACACCGAGUACAUUGAAUCUCCAGCUGAAGAAAAUGUCCGCAUCUCCUACUGCUUGCUGGAGAACGCUUGCAUCAUGCUGCUGUCGCCUAGAGAGAGGGUGGUACGCUCCCUGACAGACACGUGGACCAGGCUUUGGGAACACACCACCACACGCCACCACCACCGCUUCUCCCUCACUGAUGUGGUAGAGAAGCUUAUGGUGUCUCUUGACACAUACAAGCCCGAAGCGUUGUCCCAGGGCAGCACUCCUGUGUCACCAGCCAGUCCUCUGGUGGGUGGCCUGACCAUCACCUCACUGGGACUGACGCUGGCACACCUCAUGUUUGACCCUUUGCCCUUCAAUGAGGCUGAGAACACCACGUCUUCCAAGCUAGAGCACCUAUUGUCUGUGAAUCUUCGAGAGCUGAGCAUGUACUGCCUGAAGCACUUCCCCCACGAGUCCCCCAUGAGGGUGCACGCUGUGGCUAGCAAGUAUGUCUGCACUCAGCUCCAGGUGUCUCGGCGUCUGUGCUCCAUCCUAUGCUCCUCCCAGACCCUGAUUCCGAGUGAGAAGAGUGAGAAAGGCUUCACCUUCAUUGAACAGUUGGAGGAGGGUGUGGCCAGCCGCCUGUUCACCCUGUUGGAGCGCUACCACUCAGCCACUGAGGCUGUAGCAUACCCACUCCCCCAGGGCUACAACUCCUUUCUGGCAUACCUGGCCCACCGCUGCCUGCCCCACUCGGUGUUCAUGCAGUAUGUGCGGCGUGGUGUGCUUCAGCUCAAUGUAGAUGUACUGAGGGAGAUUGUGUAUGACCUGGAUGACACACCACAGAAUGUGGAAAAGAAGCUCGAGAUAAUAUCAUCCGUUCCUCUGGUCAGAAGCCUGAGGACUUUGCAGUUUUGGCAACACCCAAUGUCACUCAUACUGCGAUCCAGGCUGCAUGCAGGGUCCAUCCUAGCUGGCGAGGGUCCUGGCCAGCCCCGCACACCCACCCAGUCUGCCCGCAUCAAUGCCCAACACCUUGAGACCAAAGGACUCUCAGCAUUCCCAACAUCGGACAGACUCUCUCCGUAUGACACAUUUCUUGAUCUCCUGACUGCCAAAGCCAACCUGACAGACCUGGACUUGGGUCUGCUGUAUGAGGGGACCAUGGCUUCCUUCGAGUACAUCAAACCUGACCUUGGAAGUGACUGUGUGGGCUCCAGACUGUGAGCUGCUUAUGGCUGCUCUGGCAUUCCUGCUAAACUGUGCCAAAGAUAGUGUAGUAUAGAGGUGUAGUAUCAUUACAGGUUGUUUGAGUUAGGCAGGUGGGGCUAAAUUCAGCUGGUAUUAUGUUUUGGGGUUCCCCAUUAUGCUGCAACCUGAAAUUAGAAGCAGAAUUAUAUAUUGUGCAUUUAAGGUGUCUACAGCCUUACUUACUGCCAGGUGCCAUUGUUUAGUUUCUAUUUUGUAUUAUUCAUUCAGUGUGGGAUUUUUCCAGAGUGAGUGUUAAUUCGGCUCUUUUAAUGUUUGUGUUCUGUUAUGCUACAAUCUGAAAUUAGAGGCAGCUUUUGUUAUUUGUUGUCUAUUUAAGGUGUUUUUGUCAGAAGCUAAGGGGUAAUUUAGCUUUUUCUUGUCUCCUAUUAUUCAAUCAAUGGGAUUUUUCAGUGUAUUUCACAUUAACAGAUUGUUUGUAAGGCCUCAGACUCAUGCCUCACUUUUUAUUAUCGUAAUUCUUCAACAAACAUGAAGCCAUGAAAGCAUUCCAUUAAUGGUCUAGUUGUGUGCUUUGCUGUGUAUGCAUGCAUUGCUAAAACAAGAAAAUUUAACUAAUUACUUUAAGAAUGAUCUGCGUUUGAUAUUGUGGGAGUACUGUCUGCCUCACCAAACACAAAUCUGCCAAGCAAGAAGUGGGUAAAAUAUCCAAAAAUUUACCCAGCACAAAUUAUUUACUUUAUUUCCAUUUGCAAUGCUGGUUUCCUUACAAAAGUAGACAGCUGAGAAAUGGUGCCCAUGUUCUCAGAUUCCCAAAUGCUUCAAUCACAUGUGUCACAUCCUGACUUAUAUUUCAGGCAAUGUAAGUAAUCACGUUAAAGGGACAUAACUGAGCAGAUAAUUUGCAGUGCACAAUGAACUCAAGAACCUGAUUGUCAUGUUGGUGAGGGUAGACAGGACUUAUAAAUCUGUGUUUCAAGUUCCAGUGGAAGAGAGCACUGGAAGACUUAGACACUCCACACUCCUUAUGAACCUGACUGUGUAAUUGUGAUUAUUUCAUUAACCCAUUCAUUAUGACAAUCAUUUCCUUUCCCUGAAAUCAACCAUUGGUACCAUCAGAGUAAAUAAUAGUCAUAGUGCAUGUGCAGCUUGAUCUUGUGUACCACCUUCAUUAUGAACAAUAUGUGGAAUAUAAGGAAACAGACAGUGUGAUAGUGAAAGGGUUGAUGGUUUACUUGAGGAUCAUAUUAAGAAGACAUUAUCACUGGUCCAUUUCUAAUCCCUGCUAGAGAGUUGGGUUGUGGUGCUUAUUUUAUUGUAUACUAUGUGCUGUAUUGUGCCAAAUGAUUGCCCAUAUACUGUUUCAGGUGCCCUGGUGUGAGAUGCAGUAUAAGGCGUGAAUUUACCGCCAGCUAACUCAAUAAUUUUAGGUAGAAAUUUAUGUAAUUCAAGCUGUUAUAGUAUUUAUCUUCUUGUUUCUUUCAGGAAUUUAUUUUAUAUUGUGUACAUAUUAAUAUGUGGCAUGAGAGAGCUUAAAAAGAUACAGGAUUGUCAUUGAAUAUAUCUCUACCUUAAUUCAUAGAUGAGAGUAAUGCUAAAUUUACAAAAGGAAACAAUAUUAGAACUAUUGAGCUUGCUGAAGUGUGGAAUGAUAAGUAAUAGCAUGAAGAGAACUUUGAGGUCUUAUUUUGUAUGUAAUGGUGGGACGUGACAAUGGAAUGUGGACAGCAGGUGAAGGAGUGUGAAUGAGACAAGCCUAGGAUUUGGAUAUCUUUCUGUAGUCAGAGCAAUGGAAAGUUCUGGGAACACAAAAAUUUUGAGAUUAGAUUAGGAAUGUAUUGUGAGUUGGCAAUUUGGUUGAGUUUCUUAAGUGAGUAUAUCUAAAGCUAAUGAAAGGAGAUUGCUCUUGAAAAAUAUUUAAGAGUGAAGUAAGGAACAUAUCUUUCUUCAUGGUCAUUAUUAUACCUUGAGGUUACUUAGGAACAGGUUUCAAAACAAGUACAGUUUAUAAUAAGACCAGCAAUUGAUACAACUGUGAAAGAAAAGCUUUCUUGAGUAUGGAAAGAGAAGAACUAGAGUAAGGAAGCAGGAAGGGAGAAAUGUAUCAGUAGAUGAAGAUGUGUACUGUGGAGUUUGUAGGAAGAGGACUUAAGAGAAACAUUCAUUGCACAUGAAGUGGAUGAUGUAUUGUGUUGUAAAGUAUGAACAAAGAAUGUUUUUUUCUCGUCAACUGGAUACCUAUACUAUUAUUACUGCUAUCACUGCAGUAUUAGUGUUGUCAUCAUUACAGUAUCAUCAUCAGAGAUAAAAACAAUAAGUGUUAUAGCUUGAUGCAGGAUCUCACCAGUACUUAUUUACCAAUCAUUGUAAGGACUAGAUGUCUAGGUCUAGUGAUUGGAUGCAUAAUCAUGGUUGAGUUACAGUGUUUAUAGAUCCACAGGCAAGUAUUGGAAUAUUUUCAAGUGUGCUCAGAGUCGGUGCAGUAUAAUUUUGGCAUGGAUCAAAAUAUAAUGAUUUAAUUGGCUGAUGCCCUCAUACAUGUCUAUCAAAUUAGCUGUAUUUAAACCAAUAUCCUUAUUUAUUUUUGGUAGAUACUUUGGAUAGUACACAUCAGCCAUAUAUGGUUCUGAAAUGACAAAGUGACUGUGCCAGUCAAAGUAUGGUGGAGGUGAAGGCAAUGGAAUGGGGAUUUGUUUGCUGCCUGCCAGUUUACAGCUUGUGUCUGUAGGCAAAGCAGUCCAAAGAAUCCAGAUAAUCAUUACCUAACUUGAUAUCUGUGAAGUGUUGUACAAAUCUUAAUAUCAUAGAAGUAAGAUUAUAUAAUAUAGUACUUUUGAAAACAAGCAUUGUAACAUCGUUAAGAGAGCAAGAGGGAAAUGGGAGAUUUUAUUUAUGAAUAGUAUUAUUUAUUGUUUUGAGGAAUGUAAUGCAUUUACUUUGUAAAUAUAAAGAUUAUGAGUGUGAUGCAGUAGUGCCAGUUAUCAAGUGGAUGAUUUAAUCCUGCACAGCAAUCCUUUUAUAUCACUACCAAAGUGUUUGCUGGGACGAGUUGUGCACAGCCUUAGGGAGCAAGGAGGGCACUCACUCAGAAGAAUGUCAGAAUAUAGGAAAAUAAGGGGAGCUGCCAAAGCCAUCAAGUCUGCUUGUGGCAGUUCCUUAGCUUCAGGGUAGGAAUUAGUUGGGAUGAGACUAAAAAAGUUGAUAUUUGGAAGACAUAACAAAAAUAGAUAUUACUGAAGAAAUCACUCACAAGUAGAAGACGCUCAUAAGUGGUUCAGCCGUGCAAGGUAAAGUAAGGACACUAGACUGAAUGAUGGUGUUGAUGACUCUUGAGAGUAUACUAUGUAAGGUAUUGUUCAUGCCAAUGUCAUCCUUGUGAAGUGUUCCCUCACCCUCAUUGUUUUGUGGCAAUGUCACCAUAACACCAGGAAGCAAACUACUUAACCCAUGGCACCUCUUUUCUGGAAUAUCUGGUGCCCAAUGGAAUGAAUAACACAUUUAGGGGCAGAUGUGGGCUUAGUCAGGGUUUGGUAGUUACCAUAUUGCCCUUGGGGAAUAUAUAGCAACAGGACAGUUAAGAUGGAGCAAGAAUCACUUGGCCUUGUUAGUCAUCAUGGCCUAUCUGGUAAUGUGUUGGAGUGGUGGGUGUCAUGUGUUGAGCUCAUGUCUCUAAUGGUGAAUCUGACCCACCCUGUUAUUAAUUUCUCAAUGUCCAUGAAGCUCCACAAGUGGGUGCAACAAAAUUAUCACCACCUUUAUAGAUAACAUUUUCUGGAAGGGCAGAUCCCUAAGAAGAGGGGAUGCUUUCAGAAAACAAGCAAAUACUUCUUGAUGGUAGACCAUGACUCUCUGUGACAUAUGACUUUCUUCAGGAGUUAAAGUCUGAUGUUGUUUCUUUUAGUAAUUGGCAAAUGAAAGAAAAAUGUCUGCCUGAUACCAGCAUCCCUCAGACAU